AGCUCGUUAUAGAUUGAGCUAUAUCUUCUCGUGAGCUUAAGAUCGAAUCGAUAUUGAUGUGUUCGAGUUAUUGGACCUUCCGAGCUUGCGGCAAAUUCGCACACAACAUAGGCCAAUGCGAUUAUUGCACUGAAAUUAAUUUCUUAUUUAGUUAACCUAAAUUAUCCUAAUCCACACAACCAAAUUUUUGUCUGAAUAAAUAUAUGACAAAGCCCCCAUGCUCGAAACUAAUAAACAGCCACUCGUAACUUGAAGACAUUCUUCAAGUCCACCUGGCGAAGCUGAGCACCACACGUGAAUCUAAGGCUUAAAACUUAAUCGCUAACGGGAUAAACCUCUUUAUCACUGCCACCAAAUCUCUCGCAUGCGCCAUCAAUUAAGCCUCUUCUCAAAACACUCGAAGCUCAACACAUUCUAAAGCCUUAGGGGCCACGAAAUGGGCUGUGCAUCAUCAAAACGAAUUGAGGCGGCUACCGGCGUUGAUGUCUACCGUCCAGCUCCCGCCAGUUUUGCUGUGUUUGAUAUCAACGCCAUACAAGAGCCAUGGCUGACGGGGGACAAUGAUAAAUCUCAAGAAAACCAAGAGAAACCCACGCACGUGCCUGCUUCAAUUCUCGAGAAGCUCAACAAGUUCGAAACUGAUGCUCCUCAUUCGUGGGACGAGGUUAGCAAAGCUCUAGAAGACCUAAAGCCCACCAUUAAUAAUGAUACCACUGCCAAGUCACCAACUAAACCGGCUCCGCCCGUUAAAACCGCCAUGCAAAGGCCAACCCCACCGCGAAAGAGCGCAUCUUUUCACACACUUGAAGAGUUCGACGAGAAGAUAUCGUCAAAGCCAGCUAAUAAAGAACUGAAAAAAACUCAGUCCAUGCGUACAGAAGAGACGAACAAAAAAAAGCCCGAGCUCAACAAGAUUAAUAACGAGCCAAACAAGUCCGAGCCACGAGUUGAAAUUGGAGGAGGAGGGUAUAAGCCAGUGAAAGAGAACAUAUUCAUCCUCAAAGACAGACUCGAGAAAGAAAAAGAAGGCAAGCAAGCAAUUUUCGAAAAGCUCCGACGAGACCCAUUAAGCGACUUCCCAGAGAAGUGUCCACCAGGCGGAGCAGACUCAGUGGUGGUAUACACGACGUCGUUGAGAGGAGUCCGCCGCACAUUCGAGGACUGCGCGCGCGUGCUGAACAUAUUCGAGGUGCACCGCGUGGUGACGGACGAGAGAGACGUGUCGUUGCACGGAGAGUUCUUGAAGGAGCUGAGGGAGUUAUUGGGAGAAGAAGAAGCGAGCGUACCGAGGGUAUUCAUGAAGGGGAGAUACGUGGGAGGAGUGGAAGAGUUGAGUGAGUUGAACGAGACAGGGAAACUGGGGAGGAUAGUGAGAGCGGGGCGUUUGGAAACAGGAAUAGGGAGACAAGCGUGUGAAGGGUGUGGAGGGGCGAGGUUUGUGCCGUGUUUGGAAUGUGGUGGAAGCUGUAAGGUUGUGGUGGAUGGAGUAAAAGAGAGGUGUGGGAAGUGUAAUGAGAAUGGGUUAGCUCUUUGUCCUGCUUGUGCUUAGUGGGCUUUCUUUUGUUUAUUGUGGUUGGAUUUUAUACAUUUUCAUUUUCUACCAUUGUAUGAAUUUGUUGACUUUCAGUAUUUGGGUUGUAAAAAGUUUCUCGUGUUC